CUGUUUCCACUCAGAGCCCAUCUUCCAUUAUUGCCAGGGCCUGGAGUCUGAGCCUCCUGAGCCUGCCUGCUUCCCUCCUUUCCCUCCCUAAAGACAGGCCCGCCUGGAGAGAAUUCCUUCGGUGAACUCUGAACCCCUUCCGUGAAGCUUGAGCCUCCCUCCUCCCUGCGGACCAGGCAUCCGAAUCUGACUCCUCCUGUACCACCCCCAAAGCGGAGCCCAGAUUUUUAAUCACGUGUUUCCUCCCGAGUCCUCCCCACAGGCUCUUGCCCACUGCUUGGAGUGUCCUGAAGGAGACUGAUUGCACAGCAGACAGACUAAUUGGAUCAGCACUGAAGGGAAAUCCCCGAGGCUCUUUGCACUGGCAGAGGAUCUCUGUACUGAUAAUGUCCACUAUUAAAAUUGAGGCCGUUGCUCCGGAGGCUAGCAGGUGUGGAGAAUCUCCAUUGUGGGAGGAAAAAUCCAACAGUCUCCUGUUUGUGGAUAUACCAGGCAAGAAGAUUUGCCGAUGGAAUUCGCUCACCAAUCAAGUGCAGGAGAUCGUCAUAGAUAGUCCGGCCACCUCAGUGGCCAUUCGACAGUGUGGUGGAUAUGUUGCAACAGUAGGGACUCGGUUUUGUAUUGUGAACUGGGAAAACCAAUUGGUAUCUGACCUGGUUUCUGUGGAUCAAGAUAAGAAAAAUAAUCGCUUCAAUGACGGGAAAGUGGAUCCAGCUGGGAGAUACUUUGCUGGUACCAUGGCUGAGGAAACUGCCCCUGCUGUACUGGAGAGACACCAAGGUUCCUUGUAUGCUCUUUUCCCUAAUGGCACUGUAAAGAAGUACUUUGAUAAUGUGGACAUCUCUAAUGGCUUGGACUGGUCCCUGGAUCACAAAAUCUUCUAUUACAUUGAUAGCUUAUCUUACUCUGUGGAUGCCUUUGACUAUGAUCUGCAGACUGGAUUGAUUGUCAACCGCAGAAGUAUAUACAAGAUGGAAAAAGAAGAACAGAUUCCAGAUGGAAUGUGCAUUGAUACUGAAGGGAAGCUCUGGGUGGCUUGUUACAAUGGGGGAAGAGUGAUCCGGAUAGAUCCGGAGACAGGAAAACGACUUCAAACAGUAAAGCUGCCUACUGAUAAAACAACUUCCUGCUGUUUUGGAGGAAAGGAUUAUUCUGAAUUAUAUGUGACCUCUGCACGGGAUGGAAUGGAUCCUGAUAAACUUUCAAGACAACCUGAGGCAGGAAAAACUUUCAAGAUAACUGGACUGGGUGUAAAAGGAAUCGCCCCAUUUGCCUUUGCUGGAUAAAUCCUGAGCCUAUAACUGGAGUAACUUUCCCAACCCUCUCCUUUUGCUGAAAUGCUUUGGAAGAACUUGGAUUCAAAUAGAUUUAGAUCAAAGGGGAAGUGUUAAAAUUGACUUUCCCCUAAAGAUUAAAUAACAGCCUUUGGCUGGUUUGAUCUUUAUUUGGAACAAGGUCUAAGGGCCACAUUGGAGUUGAUGAGUGUUUGUGGCUGGUUCGUUUGCCCUGUCAAAUGAAGAAAUCGCAGAACACCUUAUGACAUGAAUACAUUAUAUAUCUUCAUGAGCACUCAUAUGAGUCUUAAUCAUUCUGUCAAUACUCUAUAAAAUAGUCAGUAAAGAGUACUGUGAAAUUGCCAAGUAUUAUUCCUCACCCAUCAAUUGACAUCUCCCUCCACCCUGCUUCCCUUGUAAGCUCUACUUGUGUUUUGUUAUAAAAAGAUCUCUACCCAAUAAAUAUCAAUAUGCUUA